UAUUCUGUAUGACAUGUUUCCCAAAUCAAAGGCAACAAUGGAGAAGAACAAAAUUUCUAGAGUUUGUGUAACAGGGGCUGCUGGAUUCAUUGGCUAUUCGCUUGUUAAAAAACUCCUAGAGCAGGGCCAUACUGUCCAUGCCACUCUGAGGAACUUAGAUGAUGCAUCCAAAGUAGGCCUUCUCAAGUCCCUCCCUAAUGCAGACAGCAAAUUGUUGCUGUUCCAAGCUGACAUAUAUGACCCCAAUGAGUUUCAACCCGCCAUCCAAGGGUGUGAGUUUGUCUUUCAUGUGGCCACUCCAAAGCAGCAUGUCAACCAAAGCUCUCAGUACAAGGACACAGUUGAAGCUGCUGUUGCUGGGGUUAGGACCAUUGCUGAAUCUUGCAUUAGCUCACAGACCGUUAAGCGACUCAUCUACACUGCAAGCAUGCUAGCUGUGUCACCGAGGAGAGACGACGGGGUUGGAUUCAAACCCUGCCUUGAUGAAUCAUGUUGGACACCUCUUGAUGUCUCAUUUACUUAUGCCACUGAUUUUUCAAUGGGGUAUAUCAUAUCAAAGACAUUAGCAGAGAGAGCAGUGCUGAGCUAUAAUGACAUUGAUAAUGGUAAACUGGAAGUGGUAACGCUUCCUUGUGGCUUGGUGGGAGGAGAAACUCUUCUGUCAUAUUUGGCUACUAGUGUGGGAGUACUUAUAUCACAACUUACUGGGGACUCUUUUGGUUACAAUGGAUUAAAAUUGAUGCAAGAAGUUAACGGUUCGGUUCCUCUUGUACACAUUGAAGAUGUCUGCCAAGCACAUAUCUUCUGCAUGGAACAACCAUCCAUGAGAGGUAGAUUCUGCUGUGCAGUUGCCAGUCCGAAUAUCAACGAAAUUGCGAGCUACUUCCAAGAAAAUUAUUCAGAACACAAGAUAGCAAAAGAAUUCACUGAAAGCAUCGAAAGACUAGAAGAAGGAAGCAAAUGUGACUUCAGUAAGCUGAUGAAGAUGGGUUUUGAGUACAGGUAUAGCAUGAAGAAUAUACUAGAUGACAGUGCAACAAGUGGAAGGAGGUUAACUAGGAGCUCUUUUUCUCAACUUAUUUAACUCUUUGUUUUGAUCAAAACACAACUAGAUGUAAUUUGUUCAUCAUGCAUCUGCAUAAUCAUGGCUCAAUUGCAAAUAAUUCAAAUUGCAGUACAAGUAAACUUUUAAAAAGGCAAUAGCAAGUUUAAUAGCUAAAACCAAACAAAGAAUGAACAUCAGCAGCUUAGAUGCAAUUACAUCUGAAUGUUGGGUUCCUCUUCAUAUUCUAGCAACAUUUGCACUACUAAAUCCCUUGGUCUUAUGUUCCUAUCUUCCUCCACACAGGACAUACAAAUCUCAACCAUCUUUGCUGCUUGGUUCCUGCUGAACACCCCUUCCAAUCUUGGAUCCAACAUAUCCUCUAUCCAUUCAUCUUCCCCACUUUGAAUUUUUCUUUUCAGGCUUCACAUCACAAUGAAUAACCCAUUCUAGACACUCAUGGUGAAGAUAGGAUAAACCUUUAGCAAUCCUUAGUGCAAUUUUAAACCUCUCUUUCCAUCCAAGGAAAUUUGGGGGGAACAAAUGCUUGUCUAAUGGUUUGCUUUCAACAUACUCAAGAGAAGAGAACUCUGUGUUUAUCUUCAGAACAGAAUUCCCAUGUUCUCACCAGGUUCAUGUGAUUGACUUUCACAAUUGUGCUUACUUCUGCCCAAAAUACUUCUCCUUUAUAAAUAUCUGCUAAUUUCUUGACAGCUACCACUCUUUUAUCUGCCAGAACACCCUUAUAUACAACCCCGGAAGCCCCUCUUCCCAGCUCUUCUUUAAAGUUUUUGGUUGCCUUCUCGAGCUUAGCAUAGAGAUACAUUCUGAAUUGACUUGAAAGCAAAUCAUAUCCAUCUUCUAGAAACAAGCUUAAACUGAAUAGACUUGCAAUAGGGUUCAU